GGGUUGCUCAGACUUGCUCGGGACUUCCCCGGACGUGCCGGUGCGCUCCGCCGCCCCGGGCACCGACGGGCACCGGAGCGGCCAUGCCGCCGCCGCCGCUGCUGCCGAUGCUGCCGCCGCUGCUGCUGCUGCUGUGCCCGCGCCUGCCCCGCGCCGAGCCGCUCUCCUACCCCGCCGUGAUUUCCCCGCAGGACCCCACGCUGCUGAUCGGUUCCUCGCUGGUGGCCACAUGCACGGUCAGCCCGGAUUUUCCGCUCCGAGCCGAGGAUCUGUACUGGACCCUGAACGGGAGGCGCCUCCCGGCCGCGUCCUACACCGCGCUGGGCCCCUCCACGCUCAGCGUGGCCCUCGCCCGCCUCAACGGCUCCAGGCAGCAGUCCGGGGACAACCUGGUGUGUCACAGCCGGGACGGCGGCAUCCUGGCCGGCUCCUGCCUCUAUGUUGGACUACCGCCAGAAAAACCAGUCAACAUCAGCUGCUGGUCCAAAAACAUGAAGGACCUGACCUGCAAGUGGGCGCCGGGGACAGAAGGGGAGACGUUCCUGCACACCAACUACACCCUCAAGUACAAGCGCAGGUGGUACGGCCAGGACAACACCUGCCACGAGUACCACACUGCCGGCACCUACUCCUGCCACAUCCCCGAGGACCUGGCGCUCUUCACGCCCUACGAGAUCUGGGUGGAGGCGUCCAACCGCCUGGGAGUGGCCGUGUCCGACGUGGUCAUGCUGGACAUCCUGGACGUGGUCACCACGGACCCGCCGUCGGACGUGCACGUCAGCCGGGUGGGCGACCUGGAGGACCAGCUGAGCGUGCGCUGGAGCUCGCCACCGGCCCUGAAGGAUUUCCUGUUCCAAGCCAAGUACCAGAUCCAAUACCGGGUGGAGGACAGCUCCGAGUGGAAGGUUGUGGACGACGUGGGCAACCAAACAUCGUGCCGCCUGGCCGGCCUGCGCCCCGGCACCGUCUACUUCGUCCAGGUGCGCUGUAACCCCUUCAGCAUCUACGGCUCCAAGAAAGCCGGCAUUUGGAGCGACUGGAGCAACCCCACGGCCGCCUCCACCCCGCGCAGCGAACGAGUGGCGGGGGGCUGCGACCCCAAAGGCGGGGAGCAGAACACGACGCUGCGGCGGGAGCUGAAGCAGUUCUUCGGCUGGGUGAAGAAACACGCGUACGGCUGCUCCAACCUCGGCAUCAAGCUCUACGACCAGUGGCGCGUGUGGCUGCAGAAAUCGCACAAAACACGCAACCAGGUAGGUAAGGAGUUCUUCCCGGCGAUAAGCUGUAGCCCGCGGGGCACCGAGCGCCGGCACGAUGGGAGGGGGCGCCCGGCGCCCACCCGGGACCGCCCGCGCCCGCCCCGGCCCCGCCGCGGAGGAGCCGGGAAGCGGCCGGGGCGCAGCGCGGCCCCGCAGCCCUGGGGGACGGGCUGGGCUGAGCUCGGGGGGCCGGGCGGGCCCAGCCCCGGGGGGAUCCCGCAGCCUUGCCCGGUCGGGAGGGGACAGCCUCUGGGAUGAGAGGGGCGGCGGGGGCUUCCCGGGUGACCCCACCCUCCCGCAGCUCCCCCCGGGAAGCGAUUCCGGCCCUUUUCUCCCCGGGGUCCCCACAUGCGGGGGCACGGGGGGGGUCCCGUCCCCGGGGAGCCGCGCGGGCUGAUUGGAGGCUGCUGGGGUUUGCCCAGUGCCUGCUCCGAUUUUGAUUCAAACCAGCCUUAUUUUGGUUCCAUUUCAGUCAAUUAGGAACAGAUUUAAGCUUAAUGCCAAUAAACCUCUGAAACCCCAGCGGGGUCUGCGUCAGCGGAGCGGCAGCGCUGCGCGGGGACGGGGAUGCAGCGGGCAGCCAAGUGGGGCCCGUGGCCCUUGUCACCCCGUCCUGGGGCUCCCAGGGGACCG